UUGAGUGGUGCUUCUGAACGACAUGGGGAAGCUUCAGGAAUUCGAGAUUACUUUCACUAAUAACAAAGUGGUCUACACCGGGGAGUCCAUAUCAGGAACUGUGAGAAUUAAAACAGGCCACUCCUUACAGUUUAAAGCUAUUAAAGUCAACUGUGUGGGGUCGUGUGGCAUUUCGUCCAAGCUGAAUGAUGCGUCGUGGAUGCUUGAGGAGAAGUACUUGAGCAGCAUGCUGUCUGUGGCCGAUAAAGGUACUCUGUCAGCUGGUGAGCACAGCUUUCCUUUCCAGUUUCUCAUUCCAGCAUCCGUUCCAACCUCGUUCGAAGGCCCAUUUGGGAAGAUUUUGUACCAAAUUAGAGCAUUUAUUGACACGCCACGUUUCUCAAAGGACUACAAGACCCAGCGACCCUUCUACCUUCUCAAUGUGCUCAACCUCAAUGAGUUGCCAGAUGUAGAGCAACCCAGCUGUGCUGUGACAACAAAAAAGUUUAACUACCUCCUGGUAAGAACAGGCACGCUCAUGCUAAAGGCCAGCAGUGAUCUAAGAGGAUACACUCCCGGACAGGUUAUCAAACUAUCCACUGAGAUCCAUAACAAGUCUGGGAAAGACACUGGCUAUGUGAUGGCCAGCCUAAUUCAGAGAGUGUCGUAUAAAACAAAGCGGGCAGUGUUUGAUCUGCGGCCCAUAGCACAGGUCGAGGGUGCCGGGGUGAAGGCUGGUAAACAUGCAGAGUGGAAAGAAAAGAUCAUUGUCCCUCCUCUUCCUCAAUCAGGCCUCACUGGCUGCAGCCUCAUAGAUAUUGAGUAUUUUAUCCAGGUUUCACUAAAAUCUCCAGAGGCUGUGGUCACGUUACCCAUCUACAUUGGGAACAUUGCUGUAAACUUGACUCCCUCCAUUCCUCACCCCAUCGCCCAAGGUGCACCAGUCCCUGCCAUGCCAAGCCUCAGCCCUGUGCCCGUAGUCCCCAGUGCACCGCCUGCAGAGGACGAUCUGGAGGGUGAGCUGGGUGCAGGAGGAGUAGACAGCGAGGAGAUCCCCACCAAGAGUCAUUCUCAGCAGGAUUCGUCCGGCGUUCCUCUCUCCAUGUCUCCCAGUGUGUUCGGUCAAGCGUCCGGUCCGCUCCCGAUGCAGAGCCAGCAGCCCACCCAAUACUCUGACAGCUCUGCUCCUCUGUUCUGUCUGUCCACAGGGGCCACCAUACCUUUCUUCACAGAUGGUAAUACAACACCAGUGCCCACUUCCUGUCCCCUCAUCCUGCCCCCUGAAUACAGCACCUGGGAAUACCCACAUGAGCCACCUCCCACUUAUGAGGAAAGCUGCAGUAGCAACAACUCCAGCUUCAACAGUAGCAUGAGGUAGACCCAUUGGGGUCUCGCUUCUUCAUCAUGCCAUUCAUCUGCUGCCCCCUGCUGGACGGUACAGGCAUUGCUGCCAGCCCAUAAACCUGGCCCUUCUUCUUCAUGAACCAAAUAUGUUUAAAACAUAUAAAGGAUUGUUUCCUUUAUUUUUUGUUAAUCCCCUCAGAUUACCAUUUCAACAUUAAAGAAAACAACCUUGAAACUGUACAGGGAGAAUGUUUCAGUUCCUAAGAAGAUGUAGCACUCUUGAGCAUCCCCAAGAUGAGACACACUCAAGAGUUCUAGAGAGAAAAAAACCAGCACCUGUAACAUUAUGAAGUGAAAGUUACACUGAAAAUACUUUUUCAUUCAACCAAGCCUGGCCUUAUGUAAAUCUCAUCACAACACAUGCUCUGUAAAAUCUGACUUAACGCAGAAAUAUAUUGCUGCCUGACUGAAAGUCUUGUUGAGGAAAAAAUAUUUCUUUCCAUUAUGAAUUAUUCCUGCUUAUGCCAGCAGCAAUGGCUCUUGACGGAGACACCGGGCCAAAGAGAAAGUGACUCUGGAAAGAACAAGUUUAUUUAUUGAUCAUGAUUGAUGUUGUAAGUUUUCAUUUGACUUUUAAAAUCCAUCUCAUCACCCAAUGGACACUGUCUGGAUACAGCUUUGGAAUACCAGUAUAGUCAGUAUGUCAUUAUCACUUGGCCAAAUGGUAGCCAGUGUCCCUUGAAUGGUUAAGGGAACAACAUAUUACAUAUCAUUUUUAAAUGAAAACUAGUUAUACGUUCAUUUUGUUUCACAGGCUGUCAAGAUUUUAGGAUGACACUUAUGACUUCUGACACUGUAUUUUUGUUACCUUGUUUUACAUUAACAAA